AUGUCAGCAGUAGGGCGCACUAGGGCGUCAACGACGGCGGACCUGACGUCGAGGAAAGGGAGAACCAGUAUGGCGCCCCCUCCGAUGCUCGGCCAUGGGAGAGCCUGCGUGACCUGUCAUCAGAGGAAAGUCCGUUGCGACAUCCUGAUAAGAGGCACGCCAUGCUCCAAGUGCCAGGCAAACGACGUAUCCGACUGUCGGAUCUUUGAGAAGAAGAAGACCAGAUCAUCCUCGGCCAGGGCGUCCCAGAGCCCCCAUGUCCCGCUGCAGCCCCGGACAACAUCCGACUCUCGGCCUACGACUACGACGCCCACGGCCUCGAAUGCAGCCAGCCCGUGGAUAACCGUCGCCGGGGAGCCGGGUCCUCGAGCAACCAACGCAGCAACAACAGACUUCACGGCCCAGACUCACUACGCCACCGAGCUGGCAACGCGGAACUUGGCCGACUUUCUCGACGGAGAAGAGACGGGAGUUCAGGAGAUCCUACCCAGCGGCCGCCUCUACUUCAUUGGCACCGAGUUCUCCAACCUCAACUACCUCGUGCGCCAGCGGUCUCACCGGCCAGACCAGAAUGUGUUGCAUUUCGGAAGCCACCCUCUGGCACCAAGAAUGUCAUCGGUGCCCCCGGAGGCCCUCGAACUACCCACCAAGGCCUUGGCGGAUGACCUUGUUCAGGCCUACUUCGUUCACGUGAACCGAGGCUUCCCCAUCGUCGACGAAGACUACUUCAUGAAGAAGUACAACAACGUCGAGAUCAGUUCGGACACAGUGCGGCCCAGGCCGCUGUCUCUUCUCCUACUGAACUCCAUCCUGCUCGUCGGGGCACACGUCCUCUCUCCUCAACGCGAAGACCUGAAAGCGCUGAAGCCGGUUUUCUUCAAGCGGGCGAAGGCCCUGUUCGACUGUCGCUUUGAGCAGCACCGUGAAACGUACCUGCAAGCUGCUCUCCUGCUUACAUGGCAGUGCGAUGAUCUCGAAGACGUUGUUUCCAACUCGUGGCACUGGGUGGGGAGCGCCGCCCGGACGGCCUUUGGGAUGGGCAUGCACCGGGACGUUACGCCGUCCAGUCUGAACAUCAUGGACAAACGCCUGUGGAUGAGGUUGUGGUGGACGCUCUAUCAAUUUGAUGUGCUGGUUUCUAUGGCCCACGGUCGACCCCAAGCAAUCAACUUGGACGAUUCCGACGUCCCAUUGAUCGAAGAACACCAUCUGGAGGAUACACCAGAGGCAGAAGCCACAUUCAUUGUCCAGCACACUCGCUUGUGCAUCAUAUUCGCCAAGGCGAUGAGGAAGCGCGUCGCUCUGCGGUCUUCAGCGGAAGACCGCGCCAAAGCCACCAGAGAAGCCGACACCGCCCUCGCCGAGCUGGUCACGAAUCUGCCGGAGAGGCUCCAGUUGUCCCAGGGCGAGCCAGACAUCUGGCAGUCGACAUUCCACCUCACCUACAACAACUUCCUCAUCCUGCUCCAUCGGCCGUCACCCCGUCCGGUCCCGGACCAGUCUCGCUCCCCUGCCGACGCGGGCACCGACCUGAGCAUCUGCUCCGACGCGGCGGCUACCAUUAGCUCCAUCUUCGAGUCCCUCCGCAAGAGGGACAUGCUCUUCGGCCUGUGGCUGCCCAGCAUCCACGUGCUCUUCACGUCCCUGGUCCACGCAUCGACGCAGAUGCACGCGGGCAACCCGAUCGUGGCGGCCAAGUCCAGACGACAUUGCGAAUCCAUGAUCCAGACACUGCACUCGCUGAAGAGCCAGUGGCUAUAUGCGCAGAGCAUCUUGAAUCUGUUUGAGCCGCGGCGAUUGCGGGGCCGCGGUCACUCUCAGGCAAAUCGUCCGAACGAACCAGUUGGCGAUGUCGGCACUGGUAUGGACCAUGCCGGUCGCCAAAACGCCAGCGCCAGGGUUUCGAUGCCCCCGGACCUGCACCGAUACGAAAAUGGGAACCUCGCCGGCUCGUUGUCCUCGGCCGAGCACACGAGUCGUCCUCUCAGCUCCGGGCCGACGUAUAUGGCGCCCGAGGUGCCGGUCCAGGGGUUUCCGAGGAGCCAGGAAGGGCACCAGUACAUGGGGAUCCUCAACGGCGACGAGUCCCAGGCUGGCCAGUUUUACGGCGCGGACUUCUUGGGAGACGAAUUAGACCUCGGUGACGCGGAUGGGAUGGACAUGCUGCCGCUCCCGUCGGCUUUGGAGUUUUUGUUGGCGGGCGCCGGUAGUCACUUUGACUUUUGA